UUUUUUUUCCAUUAUAACUUUGGGGAUUAGAGAUUCAUUCAUAUAUAAAUUAUAUUAAUGAUCUCAAAUCUCAAUUCCCAAAAUUGAAAUUUCAAAAUAAAAAAAAUUUAAAAAAAAAAUGUCAAGUUUUGGAACCCAAACAAAAUGCAAAGCAUGUGAUAAAACUGUGUAUGCUGCUGAAGUGAUUUCUGCAGGUGGUGUUAAUUAUCAUAAUACAUGUUUCAGAUGUAGCCAUUGCAAUGGAAGACUUGCAUUGAGCAACUAUUCUUGCUUGGAUGGAACAUUAUUUUGCAAGCCACAUUUUGAACAACUCCUCAAGGAGAAAGGAAGUGGUGCUUUGAAGUCUUCUUCACUUGGGAGGAACAAUGAUCUGAACAGAAGCCCUAGCAAGUUGUCCUCUCUAUUUUGUGGCACUCAGGAAAAAUGUGCAUCAUGCAAGAAAACUGUAUACCCAUUAGAAAAGGUGACAGUAGAUGGAGAAUUUUACCAUCAAUCAUGCUUCAAAUGUGCACAUGGUGGAUGCAAACUAACAACAUCAUCAUAUGCAGCAUUAGAUGGACUUGUUUAUUGCAAGCCUCAUUUCUCUCAAUUGUUUAAAGAAAAAGGUUCCUAUAAUCAUCUUACAACAGCUACAAAUAAAAAAAAUCAUAGUGCUGAUGAACAUGAAGAAGGUUCAACUACUACAACAACUACUGAUGUUGAUGAGCCACCACAGCCUCCUGUUGAAGAGACUCAAGAUUAGUCCAUUCACUUUUCGAUACGAAUCCAUAUUUAAUGGAUAUCGAGGGCAUCAGAUGAGAAAUCAAAAAAAAAUAUAUAGUUAAUGUUAUAUUAUUUGUCAAUGAGAUUAAUCAUAUUCUUGAUGAGAGAAUAUGGUAAUGAUGAAGUGAUGAUUAAUUGGUUUUCUUAAUUAUUUGUUUCUUCAUUUGAAAAUUUUGUAAAAGCCUAGUAAGGCAUCAUAUAUAUUUGUAAUGUUUUUUUUUCCCUCAAUUUUGCUUUAAUAAGAAAUUAACACAUUGUUCUCUUA